GCUGUCAUUUAUUUGCAAAUGUUAAAUAUUUAAUCGAAGAAAUUAUGAAAUGAGGUAAUAACUAGUUUGGUUAUUUUCGAGGGGACAGCGACAGAUUUACAUAAUAUGUCUGCGGAAAUAAGUUGACAAAUAUUUUGCCAAUAUAAAAAUACAUAAAUAUUUAUAUCAAAGUACUUAUAAAUCACGUAUAACUUGAGAAAUCUUUAAAAACAAUGUUCACGGUCAAGGUCGGUAGAAAUGUGGUGCAGGGUUCGAAAUUAAAUAAGAAACUGUUGGACCUUAUUGCUCAAUCAUUUGCUAAACAGUUCAAAAUAAAACGCUUUGCAAGCCCUAAAGCGACAUAUGAAAGUCGAGUGUCAUCCGGCCAAUUGUUGCCCGAUGCAGCACAAAAACAGACGACCAAUGAACUUGAAAAUCUAUAUUUAACAAUACGAGGUUAUGUGCCAAGUGUAGGCAGUAAUGGAGGAGGAGGUGGCGGCGGAUUUUUUGGCAAAUUAUUUGGUGAUGAUAAUAUAGCAGUAGAUGACGUUAAUGCCGGAAGUCAUGCACCAAAAGGUCUUUAUAUAUAUGGUAGCGUUGGUGGUGGAAAAACAACACUUAUGGACAUGUUUUAUGAGUGCUGUACAGAUAUACCUCAAAAACAGCGUGUACAUUUCAAUAGUUUUAUGACAAACGUGCAUUCACUUAUACAUCAAGCAAAACUGCAGCAAGGUCCUACCGAACGAAGCUUUGAAGCAAAGAGCUCAAAACCGUUUGAUCCAACGAGACCGGUUGCUCAAAUUAUUGCAUCGCAAUCAUGGCUUAUAUGUUUUGAUGAAUUUCAAGUCACUGAUAUUGCAGAUGCUAUGAUUCUGAAACGUUUAUUUACACAUCUUUUCAACUAUGGCAUUAUUAUUGUAGCAACCAGUAAUCGACAUCCAAAUGACCUGUACAAAAAUGGUUUACAGCGAAGCAAUUUUGUACCAUUCAUAAGUUUAUUGUUAAAUCGAUGUACGGUCAAUAAUUUGGACAAUGGAGUGGAUUACCGGCGAAUAGCUCAAUCUGGGGAUACAAAUUUCUUUGUAACUUCACAAACAAAUGCAGCAGCCGAAAUGGAUCGUAUGUUUAAAAUUCUUUGUGCUCAAGAAAACGAUAUCAUACGUCCGCGCACAAUAACUCAUUUUGGGCGAGACUUGACUUUCCAACGUACUUGUGGUCAGGUUUUAGAUAGUACAUUCACCGAAUUAUGUGAUAGGGCGCUGGCUAGUAGUGAUUAUAUACAAAUAGCACAGUUCUUUCACACUAUUCUAAUACGCGAUGUACCUGAAUUAAAUCUACACAAAAAAUCUCAAAUGCGUCGGUUCAUAACACUUAUUGACACACUAUACGACAAUAGAGUAAGAGUUGUCAUAUCAGCGGAAAAACCUUUAGAUAACCUUUUUAAUGUUAUUGACAAGCCAACAGACUUAGCUGAUGACCAGCGCGUGCUAAUGGAUGACUUAAAAAUUGAGAAGGGAUCACAAAAUGCAACUUCUAGCGUAUUUACUGGUGAAGAAGAACUGUUUGCUUUCGACCGCACAAUAUCUCGACUGUAUGAAAUGCAGAGAAAAGAAUAUUGGGAACAAUGGGCCAAGCAUCGCUAAGUUCCAUUAUGAAUAUCAUCAAAAUUUUAAUCGAAAUUGUUAGUAUCCCUCGGGAAAUAAUUUGGCAUAAAUACUUAUAUUUUACGAAUGAAAUGUAAUUUUAAAUUGUAAAAUUUUUGUUCA